AUGGCACAUAAUGACCGUCUGAUAGACACACUAGGAGUCUCUAGACGCCUGGGACGGUCAGUCUUAUCUGAGUUGGACUCCAGGGCUAAUGAGAAAGCGGCCCAAUUGGAUACAGUACUCGAUGAUGUGGAUCAAUUGACGGAAAAUACGUCCCACCGAUUCAACUCUUUACAUCAGACCAGGUUCAAUGCCAUGGAUUCAAUAGAAUCACAUUAUGCUGCAAAAAAAUCGUUCCAUUUUGAAAACGACGGGUUCAACGAUGGAUCCACAUCCCGCAGCUCGCGAACGUCGCAGCAGAGCGACAGUAAUUCAAAUGACGAGCCUAGUACGCCUAAGCGUCACGCCAAUGAAGAUAUCACUUCAUCUACAAAACGGUAUAAGGACUCCCAGAGAAGAGCAAGAAAAAGCGACGCAUUUUUAUAUAGUCCUGUGACGGACAUCACAAAGAAGAUACGAAGAUUGAGAAUGAUAAGUCAGGCACCCCGAGAAAAUCAAUCUAAGAUGAAUGCCAUUAGAAAUACCCCUUUAACUCGGCAUGAUCCGUCAUAUCUAUCUGCUACUGGUUAUAUCCCUAGUGAUUUUAAUAAGAGCCAGCCCACGUUCGCUAAACCUACAUUCACAUCUAUAAAAAGAGAAAGUAAGCCUGGUGCUAUAUUUUCUAAUCUCAAGAAAAAAGGGAGUAUACCCAGAACUCAUAUUAAAUCUGUGGGCACGAAGCCGCCGGCACCUCUAAAGACUACUUCAACUAUUUCUAAGGUUGAAGGGCCAUCCUCAGACAGGCCUGCUCUCACAAGUUCUACUUCUGUAUUCGAAAGAUUGUACCAGCAGUCCACAAUUUCACGUUCUAAUUCAAGUAACAAGCUUCCUCCAGUCAAACGGAGUCUUCCAAAAUCACAAACCAUGAAAAAUGUCCGAUCUUCUGCGAUAAUGGAGGCGACGCCCGCUGCAACUUCGUCCCUGCCACGAUCCAAGUCCAGUGCAAAUUUGUCUUUGCAAAGCCAAUCUGACACCCUAUCAGCAAAAUCAGGCGGUGGAAGACGAAACUGGAGAUGA